GGCCCCAACGAGAGCGAAUACUCGGAGCCCUUCGAUCAGGACUCGGUGCCCGAGGGCGGCAAUGAAGACCCCCGCGAUGCUGCAGGGCGCCCACGGCACGGCGAGGGGCAGCGGGUGAAAACGCAGCGGGGCCCAAAGCUCUACGACACCCCCUGCGAGGGAUGGGAGAAGGUGGGUGAGGGCACGGGGGGGGGCGCAGCUCGUGACAGCCGCCUGCCCCGCGACGACGAGCGGCCGGCCGAUGAGUACGACCAGCCCUGGGAGUGGAAGAAGGAUCACAUCUCACGGGCGUUCGCAGUGCAGUUUGAGAGUCCUGAGCGCUCCCCCAGUCUGUCCCGACAGCCAGCACGCCCCCCCCGCCCCCCCCCGGGCACGAGGCCGAUCUGCCCCCCCAGCCCGGGGCACGUGGACACCUCGCUGCCCCUGGAGAAGCAAGUGUGGUACCACGGCCCCAUUGGGCGCGCGGGCGCCGAGACACUGCUGGCACUGUGCCGCGAGGGCAGCUUCCUGGUGAGGGACUGCGAGACCAGCCCCGAGGAUUACUCGCUGUCACUCAGGAGCAGCCACGGCUUCGUGCACGUGAAGCUGACGCGGACGCGGGAGCAGCACUUUGUGUUGGGCCGCGCUGGGGCCGCGUUCCCCUCCGUGCCCGAGGCCGUGCGGCAUUACACGGCGCGAGCGCUGCCCGUCCGCGGCGCCCGGCACCUCUCGCUGCUCUACCCUGUGGCUGCACAGCCACCCUGA